AUGGAUGCACCCUCAAACUCACUACCGUCCGUGGCUGAGGAUACACAGAGUCGGCAUGAUACCCCACAGCAGGCGGAGACACCGCGAUGGAGACGCUUCUUCGCAGGUUCCAAAAAGCCCUCUGAGAACACCGACGAUUCCACUUCCUAUCGUUCGAAGUCAACACUGGGAAUUCUCAGUGAUAAGCAGACCGACGAAGAACCAUUCUUCUUCUCUCAGCUGAUCGUAAUGAACCUCUGGGUAUGCGACACCAACCGGAACGCCAUUCCACCUCAUCCAUCCCUUCGACCAACCCCCCCUUCACGUUCUUCCUCUCGAUCCAGGGGACAUCCCCAGCAAAAGAAAACAGCCGAUGGACAGAUCUUGCUGGAACCGCAACCCGAUGACUCGGUCAAUGAUCCACUGAAUUGGCCUGUAUGGCAGAGAGACAGUGCAUUGAUAUCUCUGGGACUCUACUGCUUGAUUGGUGGAGGAAUGACACCCAUCCUGGCGGCGGGAUUCAGUAGUGUUGCAGAUACAUACGAUGUUUCUAAGCAACAAGUCGCCCUCACCACUGGUCUCUACAUGUUGGGACUUGGGAUUGGUUCUGUGAUUAUGUCUCCAACUGCAAUUCUCUUUGGUAAACGCCCAGUCUAUCUCAUGGGGGCGAUUCUUUUCAUUAUUUCCGCAGUUUGGUGUGCCCUAUCUCCGAACUAUGCGAGCUUGGUGGUCGCCCGUGUCUUCCAGGGUAUCGCGGUCAGCCCGGUGGAAUGCCUGCCCUCCGCCACGAUUGCCGAGAUCUAUUUUUUGCACGAGCGGGCAUACCGCGUUGGCGUCUACACGUUACUCUUGCUUGGCGGAAAGAACCUAGUACCGCUGGCCAGUGCCGCGGUUAUUAGCAGUCUUGGGUGGCGCUGGACAUUCUGGGAUCGGACUCCCCGUCCGCGCACCCGCCGCGCUCACAAACGUCCGGGAGCGCACCGAACCAUGUCGGACCUUGUCAGUCAUGGAUUCUAUCGCGGUCGCCAACUACAUCUCCAACUGGCAGACGAAGCGACAGAGUCGAAAGACGGCUCACCCCGACCGACGAGACGGAAUAGGAAUGUGCAUGUCGGGUUCGUCGAGGAUGAAGCCGACAACGAGAAGCAACACUCCGAUGCUGGAGAAAACGUUGAUACUGGACAGACACCCCCUGCCCAUGACAAUAUCGCUACCGCACCCGCAACUCCCACCGUGGAGAGGGAGGAUGGCCUUGUUCGCCCUCCAUUGGCGGUCAUCCCGCCUCCGACCCCGAGCGACAUGGAAUCAGCUCGAGAUGAUGCUUUAUCGCCGGCGCGCAGUAUAUCAAACUCUCCCGGACCCGUCACCGGAUCUAUGCACUACACGAAUAGACUUCGUGAACGACCCAAGAUUCCCUACACUCAACAACUGAGGGUCUGGAACGGACGAAUCGCCCAUGAUAGCUGGUUCAAGAUUGCGGUUCGGCCUUUCAUAUUGUUCGCCUACCCAUCCGUGCUGUGGUCGACAGCAAUCUACUCCCUCUCGGUCGGAUGGCUCAUCGUACUAUCCGAGUCCGUCGCGGUUAUCUACGAAAGUAGCGACCACUAUGGCUUUACCGCGCUGCAGACCGGUCUCAUUUACAUUUCACCCUUUGUGGGCGGUUUGCUCGGCACGGCCGUGGCUGGUAAAGUUUCGGACAUUCUUGUGAAGUUCAUGACCCGGCGCAAUGGUGGCAUCUACGAACCCGAGUUCCGUCUAGUGAUGGCAAUUCCUAUUGCAAUCUCGACGGCCAUUGGAUUGAUGGGCUUCGGCUGGAGUGCACAGUUGAUGGAUGCGUGGAUUGUACCCACCAUCUUCUUUGGAAUGAUCUCUUUUGGGUGCUGUCUUGGCAGCACCACGGCUAUCACCUUCUGCGUGGACAGUUACCGUCAAUAUGCCGGCGAAGCACUAGUGACCUUGAACUUUAGCAAGAACGUGCUGCACGGCUUGGUUUUCUCUCUCUUCAUCGUCGACUGGCUCCAAUCCGAUGGCUCCCGGCUGGUGUUCCUGGUCAUUGGCGGAAUUCAGAUUUUCUUCCUACUCAUGACCAUCCCGAUGUAUAUUUAUGGCAAGCGGGCUCGCAUGUGGACAGUUCGCAAACGCCUGAUGGAGCGAUUCUGA